AUGAAUAACAUAAGAUUGUGGACUGCGGAAGACGAGGCCAUCAUUGCAACUAACACUGACGCCACCGAGUGCAAGCGAAGCGCGGUGGAGUUGGGAUACUGGAAGGAUGAAUAUAUAUCGUACUUUGUCAAACAUGUCGAUCGUAAAGCUCCCGAGAUAAACCGGGGCUACUAUGCCAGAGUUAAAGCUAUGGAGAUGUUUAUACAUCAGUUUUUGGAGCGUUGUGGCACACAAUGCCAAAUCAUUAAUCUUGGCUGCGGGUAUGAUACUCUUUACUGGCGGCUCAAGGACACCACUCAGGCUGUCAGUAACUUCAUUGAAUUGGAUUUUCCAUCUGUUACUAGCAAGAAAUGUCAAAUUAUAAAACGCAACAAGCAGCUGCUCGAGAAGAUAUGUAAAGAAGACGGCGAGGUGAUGAUCCGCUCGGGCGACCUGCACUCGGACGGCUACCACCUGCUGGGCUGCGACCUGCGCUGCCUGGGCGAGGUGCGGCGCAAGCUGCAGGCGGGCGGCGCCGCGGCCGACGCGCCCGCGCUGCUGCUGGCCGAGUGCGUGCUGGUGUACCUGCGGCCCGACGCCGCGCUGGCGCUGCUGCGCCACCUGGCCGCCGCCUUCCCGCGCUGCGUGCUGCUGCUGUACGAGCAGUGCAACCUGGGCGACAAGUUCGGCGAGGUCAUGCUGCGCAACCUGGCGGCGCGCGGCUGCCCGCUGGCGGGCGCGGAGCACUGCCGCGAGCCGGCGGCGCAGGCCGAGCGCCUGCUGGCGCUGGGCUUCGACCGCGCGCGCUCGUGGGACAUGGAGGCGGUGUGGCGCGCGCUGCCCGAGGACGACCGCGCGCGCGUGGAGGCGCUGGAGAUGCUGGACGAGCGCGAGCUGCUGCUGCAGCUCAACACGCACUACGCGCUCACCGUGGCCACGCGCGGCGACCUCUUCGCCGACCUCGACCUCAACUCCUAGGCGCCUCGAGCCCGCCUUUAUUUAUUUUGAUCUUCGAUCGAUUAUGGAGAAUUUCGAAACGAUUCAAGAUUAGACGUAGAACCUGAUUUUACGUUUCGAUUACAUUAUUGUGAUACUUAAAAAUUACUAACCGGUACCUCUGGGUUAGUGUCAAAAGAAAGUAACAGAGGCGGUUCUAACCCAUAUGGACUAGCGCCCGGGUGCAAUGAGAAUGAGUCUCGUAUGUUUUCGGCUGAGGCUUUUUUAUUGCAUGUGACUUUCAGCGCCACCCAAAACCCGGCGCCCGGACUCAUCGCACCCCCUGCGUUAUAAGAUAAAGUCGGAAUUAACAACCAAAAAUCCUAACUAAAAUCAUAUCAAUUACUAUUCUUCAAAUACAGAGAUUGGUAUUUUUUGUGAAAUGUUAAGUGUCUGUAGAGAUUGAUGGUCGAUGGGAUGUUAAAUAUGAACAGUGGUAGUUGUAUAGAUCUAUAUUUCUUCUUUACUAAUUAAUAGCGUGUAAAGUUUGAGCGAGUCGGUGCUUUUAUGUAAUUUCAGCUCAGAAUAAUCAAAUCAAUCAACCUCCAUAUUUGUUAUGUUAAUGUUGUACUUUUAAUUAUGCUUUUUGCUUUAACCUUCUAAUGAGGUCAAUGUACCUUAUGUUCGGUGUUCGGCUCCUAACUGCGUUCUCUCAUAUGGGGGGGUUUCUGUAAUCACGUCUGGAUCAUGUUCCACGUGAAAAGAAAGUUUCUAGCCCUUUUUAGUUAUGUAUUAAUAUUUAUUUAUAGUGUUAUUAUAUGAUAAUUUGCAGACUCUUAAAGAGUAUGUGCUGGCCUUUAUUGUGUGUCAAAAUGUCAUAAAUUCUGUUGAUUAUGUAUAGUUUAUAAGUAUAUCAAUAAUAUUUAUUUUAAUUUUCAAGCUACUAGUAAUUGCUAAUUGUUAACUUGUAUGUGUACUGUAUGUAUACUGUAAUGUCAAUGUCAUACGGAGUCAGUGUUUCGCAUCACAGUUGGAUGAUGAAGUUUUCGCAUAAAGUAUUCUCGUAUUUUUUGUAAGUAAAUGUGUAAGAGAGGUCCUCUGUGGUAGUGUUCUCUUCGGUCCAUGUUUAUACUUACUCACUUUUAUCGAUACCACUAAGUGUUAAUUAUUUAUUUAAUAUAUAAAUGCCGUAUAAUU